CUGCGUCGCAUCAGCUGCGCAGGAACUCGUCUUACUUUCCACAGUAUGGUGCGAAAUUUAGAGCAGUAGUGUUUUUACCUUAACAAUUGCUGGUUUGAGGGUGUACGCGGAUGCGAGUACAUCGGCGGUUAAAGUUGACUCUAGAAGACACAAUUAGUAAUACUAUGUCUGAUAAUCCAGAAUUUACUUCUGAUAAAGCACGAGCUUUGCUAUCUAGCGUCUUGGAGGCAAUCAGUCUUCCUGAAAAUGCUACCAAGCUUGGAGAAGCAAAGGACAAUGCUGGCAAUGACAUGUUGAAAAUGAUGCAGUUUGUCUUCCCUAUUGUUAUGCAGAUAGAAAUGGAUGUUAUAAAAAACUAUGGAUUUCCAGAAGGACGUGAAGGCAUCGUGCACUUUGCUCAAGCAAUACGUACACUAGAGAGAGAGGAUCCAGAGGUGGCGCAUCUCCACGCACAAGUUCGUGCACAUUUUCUGCCUCCAGUGGCCAUCAGUACUGAACCCUCAUCGUGAAGGACAAAACAGAACCAUGAAAAUGAUGUGUUGACGUAUGUCUUAAAUGAUGCUUCAGGUGAUUUAUUGUCAUGGUUGCCAUGAGCACCUUUCUAGGGAAUAUUUUUGUAAGAUCUGAUGAUUGACUUGACACUGAUUUAGUAAUAUACUUGAAAGAAUUGGUGUGAUCAAAAUAAUUUUCUGCUUUCUUCUUAAAAGAAGAGAACUGUCACAAGAACCAGUUAUCUGAAGAUGGCAUACCUUUGCUGUUCAUUAGCCAUACUGGGUUAAUGUCAUACUGUGCUUGGUAUGUCUGUACAUUAUGAUGAACUCUUAAUUGUAUCUGUUUUUCUAGCAUAUUUUGUCCUCAUUA